AUGGCGAGCACCAGGGAGGGAAGUGCCGAGCCGGCGAGCUUGGAGUAUAUGGAGGAUCCCUAUUUUGUGCCGCCGGAUGAUGAUUCGACCCCAAGUUUCGAUGUGGCCGUUGAUGAACUUGACGAGUUAGAGGAGCUGGCUAGCUGGCCGCGCGACUCCGAGGCCGAGGCCGACUGGCGUGCACUGCCUGACCUUGCAGACUCCGCUCUGUGCAUCGAGACCGAAUUCUAUAUGGACAAUCGUCGUCGUAGACUUCGAAUAUUUAGGAAAAAAAUACGUGAAGUACGUGUCACUUUUCAAGACCUCUCCAAACCGUAUCUCGCCAAAGUUUCCAGUCAUACGAACUACAAAAGGUUCCUAGGCAUUACGCCUGGAGCGGAAGAAGCGAUGGCGAACGCGGGCGGUGGCGAUACUCACACGCCCGAUGAGCUGGCGGGGUUGACACCCGAGCAGGCCGAGCAACUGCGUGCCGAGUGGAGCCGCGAGCUGGCGCGCGUCGAGGACGAGAUCGCCACUUUGCGCACUGUCUUACAGAGCAAGAUUCGUCAGAGCUCGGACCUAAAAAGGAAGCUUGGCAUAACAGUUUGGAAAGAAAUCACCGAGGACGUUAAUCAGGGUUUGAAAAACGUUAAGGAGAGCCAAGUCUAUCAAACGAUAGAAACACGCGUCGCUGCGCUAACACAGGCUGUGACAGAAGCACCCAUAUACCAAAAAACUGAAUCUGUGAUAAAAUCGACGGCGGAGAAGACGACCUCCAUCCUGGGGGGCAUCACGGCGGGCGUGUCCACCCGGCUUGGCCAGAUGCGCAAUUCGGAUUCAUUUCGCUCUAUAGAAGAGCGCGUCGGCACUGCUUACGAGAACGUUAAAGGUAAAGUGGCGUCGCGCUCGAACUCGACGCAGAGCUUCGACGAGGCGCUGCGCGACGCGAGCCGCGCGACCAGCGGCGCGGCGUCGCCCAGCGCGCCCACCGUGCCAGAGCACAAGGCGCUGCCCUAG